AUGCAGGAUUUGGGAGCUCUUAGCCAAGAGCAGCAAUCUAAGCUAAAUAAGUUCAAAAUUCAAACUAGAGUUGAAAAUGAGAAAUAUUUGAGGGAGCAUCCUGAAGUUGAAUCACUAAUGGGAGGUUUUCUGAGUGAUGUUUUGACCAAAAGACCUGACAAUAUUCAAGAAUUUGCUGCCAAAUAUUUUAUUCAACCAGACGUGAAUAGUGUCGUGGAGAAAAGCUUGGAGGACAGGCAAAAUAACAUGAAACAGAACAGCCUCUUACAAAAAACAGGAUAA